AUGACCGAUAGCCAAGAAGAGAACGGAAUUACGAAGAGCAAAGCUAAAGGCCUUUUAAAAGAACUCAUUUCUCUUGAAACAAUAUUCAUGGCAUCAUUUUGGGGAAAUGUACUAAACGAAUUCAACUCUGUAAGCGAAAAAAUACAGUCCCAUCGAAUUAAUCUGUACACUGUUGUUAACUUAUACAAUUCCCUUGAAAAAUUUCUGAACGAGCUGAGAAAUGCUUCAUAUUUUUUUAUUACUGAUGCGCAGAAGAAAUUACAGGAGAUUAGAAAUAUUCUUGGCAUAGACAGUGAUUGUCUUGAAAGCAAUAAGAGACAGAGAAAGAGGAGGAAAUUCUAUGAUGAAUCAGAUUCAUCUGAACUUGAAGAAGGUGAGGAAACAGAAGAAAACCAGAUCCGUUGCCUGCAAGAAAAUUAUGCAACAAUAACUGAUAAGCUUUCGACCGAGUUGAAUAAGAGAAUUGGUGUAUAUAAAGAGUUUUCAAAUAGAUCUGCAUUUUUGUCAAAUCUACGUAACUUAGAUGUGGAAGAAAUAACAGCAGCAGCAGCCUCACUGCAAAAGUUUUAUACAGCUGACAUUGAAUAUUCUUCAUUGGUGAUCGAGUGUAUUCAUCUAAAGGGACUCCUGCCCCAAGAAAAACCGGAUAGUACGGAAGAAAUGUCCCUGUCAGAACUGUAUCGAUUUAUAAAAUCAAAAGAUCUCCAAGACUUAUAUCCUAACAUAAGCAUUUGCCUUAAAGUGUUUUUAUGCACACCAGCAACUAACUGUGCAGCUGAAAGAUCUUUCUCCACACUUUCCCGGAUCAAAAAUUAUUUGAGAUCUUCAGUAGGCCAACAAAAAUUAGUUCAUUUAUCGAUUUUGGCUAUUGAAAAUGACUUAACUGUUAAAUCAGACUUUAAUGAGGUUAUUGAUACAUUUGCCAAUAGUAAAGCAAGACGUAAGAGGUUUUAA